GCUCUUCCUCCACUCCCCCCCUCCAUCCCCCGCCUUGGUUUCGCCCGCUCAUGCGCCCCCCUCCCCCUUCUCAGCGGGACUGUGCCAUGUCCUUAAAUCGGGAGGGUGGGGGAGAGGUCAAGCAGGUCUGUGCUCUCCUCCCCCUAGAGGGCAAGACACUGAGGAGGGAAGGUUGAGGAAUGACGGAUCUGACGAAAGGGACCAUAUUGAAAAUAAGAUGUAGUCCUCAAGGUCAUCUCACUAGGGCUGUUGAAACGGAGAAAGGCGUCAAGCAGGGAUGCACUUUGGCUCCACUACUAUUCAACUUUUAUAUUUAUUCCAUGGUGGAGCACCUUUACAACUUGGACUACCACCCUCCAAAACUGGCAGGAAGAUACCUAUCUACCCUGCUCUAUGCAGACGAUGCAGAACUCAAGUAGGACUGAAAAGAGCCUUGAGAGCCCUAACAAAAUAUUGUAAUGCAGAACAGCUUCAUCUUAAUUUUCAAAAAACCAAAUGUAUGGUGUUUACAAAACAACCCAAGUAUCACACCUGGAGACUAGACGGACACAAUAUUGAACAGGUCUCAAGCUUUAAAUACCUGGGAGUAUUUUAUCACUGCACUGGAAACAAGAAAGUACAUUCUGAUUAUGUAGCAGAGACAGCACAAAAGAGCUCAUACGCUAUCCUAAAGUUUCUCAAAACGGGAGCAGGCCACUUCAUACCAGCAGCACUUAAGCUCUUCGAGGCAAAAUCCAUAGCACAAAUGAUGUAUGGAGCCCAACUCGGCCCCUUUUCAAACUAUGCCCCUAUGGAGCAGGUACAAUCAAAAUUCCCAAGAUCGUCGAUGCAGGUCCCCAGAUGUGUGUCAAACGCCACCCUGCGACUACAGACAGGCCUCGUGAGAGUGGAGGCAAGAGUGUGGACAGCUACCCUCAAUUAUUGGCUGCAUCUGUCUUUCUCAACAUGUGGCCUUGCCCCAUUAACUCUGAGAGACAAAUUUCAGUCUACAUGGAAUAAGGUAGUGGCAGCAAAAAUCGCAACUCUAGGCCUCUCUCAAGGACAACUGCUAGGUAUGGGAUGGGACCAAGCUAAGGAUCUUAUUAGACAAUGGAUCCUGGAUAUAGAGCGACAAUCAGACUUAACCUGCUCUCCAGCAUUCAACAUUAGCGAAGAUAACAGAUAUCUCAUCGCUACCAUGGCUUACUUAGCAAACCUGGAGGUGCCUAAACACCGAAGAGCUUUCACUUUGGCAAGAUGCCAUGCGCUUCCAUCGGCAGUAUUGGAGGGGAGGUCCCGGAAGACCCCUGCCCAGGAGAGACUAUGCCCGUGUGAGUCUGGCUACACUGAAACAACUGAACAUGUACUCCUCCAAUGUGUAUUCUAUAGAGGCAUUAGAGCUAAUCUCAUCACUCCAUGGCUUUUAAAACAUCCAGGGCGCACUGAAAGAUAUUACACCUUCCUGCUGCUCUCGGACUCCUGCUCUGCUAUAACCCAUAGUGUUGCCAAGUUCUGUGCAGCAGCAAUUAACAUUAGACUGUUGAUGACUGACUCCACUAGGCAACUUCCUGCCUGGAAUAUAGCUAGAGUGAUUUGUAAUAACUGAAAUGUUGUAAAUGCUCCCCUCUCAUCCCUCUUUAGAGUCUCCCAGUGGUUUGAUAUUUCCUAUUAGCUGCCCCCCUAUUUUAGACUCAUACAUGCACUUUAAACUGUAAGUUUAGUCUGUUUUUUAAUCUGUUUCUUUUAUAACAUGUUUUUAAUCUGCUCUUUUACCUGACCUUCUUGGGAACUGCGAUUCCCUUCCUUGGGUACCUGUGCCCCAUUCUAUACUGUGCUGGUCAAAGACCAUAAUAAAUCAUUGACUCAUUGAUUGAUAUUAUGUAUGUAUGU